GAAAAUGGUUAAAAAUCUUGCAAUAUUUCCUUUUAUUAUUUCCUUUAUAAUGUUUCUUCUUAUUUUCAAUUCAAAUUCUAUGCGUCAACAAGCUAUAGGAGCUAAAGGAAGAUUGUUGUGUGGAAGUAAACCUGCAGCUAAUGUUCUUUCUACAGGAAUGGAUCCAGACGAUCAAUUAGAUUCUACCCGAACAGAUGCAAACGGUCAUUUUCAAUUGGCGGGAGAUGAACGGGAAAUGACCAAUAUUGAUCCUCAAUUAAAAAUAUAUCACGACUGUAAUAAAGGGAUUAAUCCCUGCCCUCGUAAAUGGAUAUUGAAUCUCCCAGAUAAAUACAUAUAUUCUGGCCGUGCUCCCCCCAAAGUCUACUAUGAUAUGGGCGAAGUUAAUCUUGAGGUGGAAAUUGAGGGAGAGUCUUAUGAUUGUAUUCAUUGAGAGAAAAAGAUUAAGUUUUUUAAUUAAAAAAUUUUUUUAAUUUUUAAAAUUUGACAAUAUUGUCUAAAAUAUAAAAAAAUUAUGACUUAGGUAGCUAUAAGGCUAAUUAAUACAGGCUGAACUAGUACAAGGCUGAUCUAUUAAUCAUAGUGCGACAGUUGGGGACGACAUUUAGAGAUUGGGGACAGACAUUGGGGAGAACUUUCGAGACCGCGUUUGAGUAAAACUUUUUUUAAAUAAUAUCAAGGGAUCUGGAGAGAUUGAGUGAGAUAUCGAGAGAUUUUGAGGGAUUAACCGGGGUAUCGAGGGAUUAAGACGGCGUGUAGGAUAUCAACUAAUGAUUAAAAUCGGUAAAAGGAAUAGGCUUAUGUUACUGCGUACAAAACCUAUCAACCAUUGAUUCUCUCCGACUACCAUAAAUUUACUUGUUUUAUUUUUGUUCCGCUUAACCCAACUAUCAAAUUUUAAAAAUUAUAUCUUAAUCCCUCGAUACCAUCUUAAUUACUUGAUACCUCCCUUAAUCCCUCAAAAUUUCUCGAUAUCUCACUCAAUCCCUCCAUAUCCCUUGAUAUUAUUUUUUAAAUAUUGUUUCCGUUCAAAAAAUAAUGCCAACCCUGUUUUAAUACCAAUUGAAAGCUUCUUUUAAAUAUCCACCAGAAAAGGAAAAAUUACAAGAUCACCCCUUUUAUUUUCCCAAUUUUAUUUGUAAAAUUAGUACGUUAACAAAUAAGACAUAAGACUUAUUGACGUAAAUAAAUUUGUGUAGAUUGACAGAAGCAAAGAGAAAAGAUAAGAAUUUUCAUUUUUUUUAUCAGUUUAUGAUUUUAUUACUUUAAUAGACAGAAUGCCAAUAAAUAGGAAAAUAAAUAUUUGUGACAUUUUAUUAAAGAUAAAGCAAAAAAAUGGAGAAUUAAGGGGUAUUUUUAGUUUAUUUGGUAAAAAUGAGGAAAAUGAAGGGGAAAUGUAAGGGGUAUUGACGUAAAUAAAUUUAAUGGACUGAUUGGGGGUAAAUAAUUUUUGAGAAAUUAUAAUUUGAGAAAUUAAUUUUGUAUAGAUUGUUGUUAAUAAAUUAUUAUUUUUAU